UGAUCUCAUCCCAUCACAUCUAUGCCAACAACAGACAACAGGAAUCCACGCAUAGAAUCACACGAUCGCAUCACAAACCCUGCAACCAAGCCCACAUAAUUCUAAAUCAAUCGCUCCAAACCCAAAACAGAUCGGUCUUUGAAUGCUUUUUUUCACUGCUUCGAUCACAGACGUAAUCCCUUGGAAAAUCGUAAAACCUUGCGUUCCUAUUGAACGGCAUUCGAUUCAUCUGUUGAAGAAUUACAAUCAGGCAUUAGCUCUUUGAUUGCAAAAUGGUGUUGGUUUUAUCUGUAAGAGAUUAUGUAAAUCGAAUGUUACAAGAUAUUUCUGGCAUGAAAGUCCUCAUACUUGAUUCCCAUACGGUUAGUAUUGUCAGUGUCGUGUAUUCUCAGUCCGAACUUCUGCAAAAAGAAGUGUUUUUGGUGGAAUUGGUUGAUUCCAUCUCCAUGCCAAAGGAGUCCAUGUCACAUCUUAAAGCAGUUUACUUUCUGCGCCCAACAUCAGAGAAUAUUCAGCAUUUGAAACGUCAACUGGCUAAACCUCGAUUUGGAGAAUAUAACCUCUUUUUUUCAAAUAUGUUGAAUACGACUCAGCUCCAUAUCUUGGCCGAUUCAGAUGAACAUGAAGUUGUUCAACAAGUCCAGGAGCUUUUUGCUGAUUUUGUUGCAAUUGACCCCUACCAUUUCACUUUGAACACACCAUCCAAUCAUAUGUAUAUGCUUCCUGCUGUUAUAGACCCUCCAAAUCUACACAACUACUGUGAUCGAAUUGUUGAUGGACUUGCAGCGAUCUUUUUGGCUUUUAAAAGGAGGCCCGUUAUUCGAUAUUCACAGACAUCUGACAUUGCUAAAAGGAUAGCACAAGAAGCUUCGAAGCUGAUGUACCAGCAGGAAAGUGGUCUUUUUGAUUUCAGACGCACAGAAAUUUCUCCCUUGUUGCUUGUAAUUGAUAGGAGGGAUGACCCUGUUACUCCAUUGCUGAAUCAAUGGACUUAUCAGGCCAUGGUCCAUGAGUUGAUAGGUAUUAAAGAUAAUAAGGUAGAUUUAGGAAAUGUUGGAAAAUUUUCGAAAGAUCAACAGGAGGUUGUAUUGUCGUCUGAACAAGAUGCCUUUUUUAAGGCUAAUAUGUAUGAAAAUUUUGGAGACAUUGGAAUGAGUAUAAAGCGGAUGGUGGAUGAUUUUCAGCAAGUGGCAAAAAGCAAUCAAAAUAUCCAGACUAUAGAAGACAUGGCUAAGUUUGUUGACAACUAUCCAGAGUAUAGGAAAAUGCAAGGAAAUGUAUCUAAGCAUGUAACCCUGGUCACAGAAAUGAGCAAGAUAGUUGAGGAGCGAAAGCUUAUGUUAGUUUCACAAACAGAACAAGAAUUGGCAUGCAAUGGCGGGCAAGGAGCAGCAUUCGAGGCUGUCACAAAUCUUUUGAACAAUGAAAGUGUCUCCGACAUUGAUAGACUACGCCUUGUUAUGUUGUACGCUUUGCGGUAUGAGAAAGAGAGCCCUGUUCAAUUGAUGCAGCUUUUCAAUAAACUGGCUUCUCAGUCUCCCAAGUACAAGCCAGGGCUUGUACAAUUCCUUCUAAAGCAAGCAGGGGUUGAUAGACGAACUGGAGAUCUGUAUGGUAACAGGGAUAUCUUGAAUAUUGCCCGUAACAUGGCUCGUGGACUGAAGGGGGUUGAGAAUGUGUACACUCAGCAUCAACCUCUUCUUUUCCAAACAAUGGAGAGCAUUGCUAAGGGAAGGUUGAGAGAUGUGGAUUACCCCUUUGUUGGGAAUCACUUUCAGCAGGGCAGGCCACAAGAAGUGGUGAUCUUUAUCGUUGGUGGGACGACGUAUGAGGAAUCACGUUCGGUUGCUCUACAAAAUGCAUUGCAUUCUGGCAUUCGUUUUAUACUUGGAGGUUCCUAUCUUCUUAAUUCUAAAAGGUUUCUGAAGGACCUUGAAGAAGCUCAACGGAUUGCUCGCUCUAGCAGUGGUGUUGUUUAAAUUUGAAAAUUUGCAACUUGGAGGAUUUUGCUAUUUGGGUAGCGUGUUUUUGUAAGAAAAUCAGGAAGCGAUAGUGAACAGAGUAUAUAAGAUCUUCGUGUAAAUUGUAGUUGUUCAUAUUGACUUUUUGCUUAUGGUCUUGGUUUUGUUUAUUUGUUUGCACUCUCAUAUCAAUUUUAUUUUGUUUAAAAAAGAUGGAACGGCACGAAUAUGCA